UGGGGUUUCACCGUGUUGGCCAGGCUGGUCUUGAACUCCUGACCUCAGGUGAUCUGCCUGCCUCAACCUUCCAAAGUGCUGGUAUUUCAGGCGUGAGCUACCGUGCUUGGCCUAUUUAUUAUUUUUUAACAAAUGUCAUUAUCUUCUUAACUUUUGGCCCCCCAAAUAAAUGAGGAAACUGUUAAAAUUGUAUUCAACAAUCCUUGUUCGGUAUCUCCUUUGAUAUUUAAACUUUUACCAGUGUAUUAAAAUGAUGUCUUUGGAUUCAGAAGGUUCAAGAAAUUUGUUUUUUAAAGUCAGGAAGCAUCUUAAUAUGGUGUCCUCCGGAAAAAAGUAUUCCAGGAAAUCUGGGAAGCCGUCCAUGGAAGAUCAGUUAACGAGAGCCUAUGACUUUGAGACUGAAGAUAAGAAAGAUCUGAGUGGUUCAGAGGAAGAUGUUAUUGAAGGGAAGACUGCAGUCAUUGAGAAACGUAGGAAGAAAAGGUCUUCUGCAGGAGUAGUUGAAGAUAUGGGGGGUGAAGUACAGAAUAUGCUGGAAGGAGUUGGAGUUGACAUUAACAAGGCUCUUCUUGCCAAGAGAAAGAGACUAGAAAUGUAUACCAAGGCUUCUCUCAAAACUAGUAACCAGAAAAUCGAACAUGUUUGGAAAACACAACAAGAUCAAAGGCAGAAGCUUAACCAAGAAUAUUCUCAGCAGUUUCUGACUUUGUUUCAGCAGUGGGAUUUAGAUAUACAGAAAGCUGAGGAACAAGAAGAAAAAAUACUUAAUAUGUUUCGACAGCAACAAAAGAUUCUUCAACAAUCUAGAAUUGUUCAGAGCCAGAGACUGAAAACAAUUAGACAGUUAUAUGAGCAGUUCAUAAAGAGUAUGGAAGAGUUGGAGAAGAAUCAUGAUAAUCUACUUACUGGUGCACAAAAUGAAUUUAAAAAAGAAAUGGCUAUGUUGCAAAAAAAAAUUAUGAUGGAAACUAUUCUGUGUAUAAGCGAGAUCAAGAUCACACAAUAUUUCUCUUUCUGUGUCCGGCUUAUUUCACUUAGCAUAAUGUCUCCCAGGCUCAUCCAUGUUGUGAAAACAUCCAGAGGUGAACUGCACGUCUGACAAAAUCCUGUAUGCUCUCUGCAUUCUCUGGAAAAAGGCUCAUAAGUAUAUGAAUCUUAACGUUUCCAUAUUAAGAGACGGAACUACGCAGUGACUGAAGGAGAAAGAUUGAGGUGAGAGAGGAGGCAUCUACUUCUCUUCUUCCUUGCCCACAACCCUGUAACUCACUGAGAAACAGCACUAGUGCCUUCAUCUUGGUCUCCCUAAUCAAAGCCACCUGCCCCCCACAUAGCCAAUCCAAAACUCCAAAAUUAACUCUUCCCUUUUCCUUGCCUUCUCACCUAAGAUAUUUCAUUUUCUAAGGCUGAACUGAUUAAAGCACAGAGAGGGCAAGGAUUGUGUCUUUCUCACUCACCCCUACAUUCCCAGUACUCUAGAAUAUUACUCUGGCACAGAGUAUAUGUUUAACCAAUAUCCCUCAAUUAAUGGUCCAAGUGUGACAAUAAAGGUGUUUGUGCAAAAAUAAUUUUCUAUUUGUAUUACAGGAGAUUUAGGGGAGCGCCUUCAUGUGCUUAGUUUAGAAGCACAUCAAGGAGCACAUGAGUUUAGGAGUAGCUCUUCUGGCCACUCCUAAACCAAUCUUAGAAGACGUAAAAGAUAUAGAAUGACCACAAGCUCUUUACUCACUGAUAAGAGUCUCUUCGCAGCAUAACUCUCGAUCACCCACCUUCAUACUCCAGCUCCAUUCCACCCACAAAGUCCUCUUGUUUAUUUAUGACUUAAUACUGUCUCAUGGCUUUUUCCUUUCUAAACACUCUUCUCACCCAAUUCAGCAAAGCACUCAUGUGCCCCCUCCUUCAAGGACUGCUUGAUACACCUCUUACUCCACCUACAACUUCAUCUAGGGAGAAAUCAAAGGACACAAACCUACCUAUCUCCAGUCAUUCCAUUCCUACCUACUCCCUUAAAAAUACACCUUCUACAAAUAUUUUUCAGGGUUAAAGCAGUCUUUGCAAAUAUAUAGGCCUUCUGUUGUACAAAAUAUGCUCAUUAGAUGGUUAGUACCUCAGGUAUACAAAUACAAGGAACUACAUGACAAUGAUGUUCAUGACUUUAUAACAAUGCACAGUUUCUGUUGUCUAGUUUCCUUGAUUUUAAAUGAUUUCACAGGUAGCAGAACAAAUUUAAAAAGCAAAGCUUUGAAAUUAUCAUCUUUAGUUAAUGAAGUAAAGAUCUAAUUUAACUAAGGGAAGUAAUUCUACAUAAGUCAUUAAUUGUUUCAUAAUUAUAGCCUCCCAUUUUUUCAAAUAAGAGUUGUGUAACUCCAUUUUCUGUUGCUGUAACAGAAUACUAGACACUGGGUAAUUUAUAAAGAAAAGACUUAUUUGGCUCAUGGUUCUGGAGCCUGGGAAGCCCAAGGGCAUGACAUUGGCAUCUGGUGAAAGCCUCAUGCUGAGAUCCACUGAGCUCACUGGACAAAUUUCACUUACAGCCUCAAAAUACUGAUUUUUCUGGAACAUGUUCUUAGGUCUUCUCUAAAUGAAAAUGCUAGACUAGACAGUUUCUGAGGUAUGUUUCAGCUCUAGAUUGAUGUCAUCUCAUUUGUAUGUGGCCCUAUCUUUCAUAUUAGAAUGUAAUCAUCUCAUGGGCAUGAGAUAUGUAUUCUAUUUUUCUUUCUUUUCUUUUCUCUUUCCU